AUGAGCUCUAUUGUUUCUAAAAUUCUUGGUGAUUCCUCUAGUAGAGGUAAAGAUGUCGAAUUGGUUCAUUCAAUCUCUGAAGUGGAUAAUAAUCAUUCAAGUGAUACUGAAGAAGUUGAUUUAAAAGACGGUGGUGCUCCUCUUGAAUCCUCAAAUCCUUUGGGCUACAAUGUCAAUGCUAUUUCAACUGUUGUUUUUAUUCUUCAAGGUAUUGUUGGAACAGGUAUCUUUGCUACCCCAGGUUCGAUUUUAAAAUCAAUGGGUAGUAUUGGUUCAACUUAUUGUCUUUGGAUUGGUUGUUUUUUCAUCCAGUUGUUCAAUGUUUUUGUCUAUAUCGAAUUUGUCACUUACUAUAAGAAAAGAAAUGGUGGUGAUGUUGCAUAUCUUGAACAAGCUUAUCCAAAACCCCAAUAUUUAAUUCCAACCACUUUUGCUGCUGUCCAAGUUGUCUUAUCUUUUAUUACUAGUAGUGCUUUGGCAUUUGGUAGAUAUAUCUUAGAAGCCUCUGACAUUGAACAAACUGAUUGGAAUUAUAGAGGUAUCGCCUUGGGUUGCUUGACUUUUGCCUGUAUAUUUGUUUCUAUUAGCACAAAAUGGAGUUUGAGAUUGCAAAAUGUAUUGGGUUAUGUCAAAUUAUUCUUUAUGCUUUUUAUUGUUAUCUUAGGAUGGGUUGCAUUGGGAAAACAUACCCAUAUUGAAAAUCCAAGACAAAAUUUCCAUGAUACCUGGGAUGGCACUACCACUGAUGGUAAUGCAAUUGCUAAUGCAAUUAUUAAAGUUACUUUCUCAUAUGGUGGUUACGCUUAUGCCUUUGGUGUGGCAGCUGAACAUUCUAAUGGAGGUAAAUCCUUGGUAAAGACAUUCACAUUUUUUGUCCCAUUAUCUGUCUCAAUCAUUUUUGUUUUAUAUAUAUUGAUAUUAACCAGUUAUUACACGGGCUCAUCAAUCGAAGAAAUUAAAGCUUCUUCCAAUUCUAUUGCUGCAUUGUUAUUUAGAAAUGCAUUUGAAAACAAGCAUGCCACAAAAUUCUUAAAUGUUAUGGUUUCAUUAUCUGCCUUUGGUCAUUUAAUCACUGUUGUGUUAUCACAUUCAAGAUCUCUCAGAGAGUGUGGGCGUCAAGGUGUUUUACCAUUCCCUAGAUUUUGGACACAAAUUAGACCAUUUGGCACUCCAGUCGGUCCAAUUUUCAUUAUUUGGUUGGUUAAUUCUAUCAUGAUUGUCGGUCCUCCAGCUGGCUCAGCUUAUAAUUUCAUUGUUGAUUUAGGUAGUUACUCAAGUACUAUUUUCAGUUUUGCAUUGAUUGUUGGUUUACUUAAAGUUAGAAAGGAAAGAAAAAGGAGAGGAUUGGGUAGAGGUGAGUUUAAAGUUCCAACCGUUUUCUUAUUUGUUGCAAUGUUUUUUCAAUUGUUUGUUCUUGCUGUCACAUUUGUUCCUCCAGCAGAUGGUACUUUGAUUGGAAGUGAUGUUACCUUUUUUUACGCUACUUAUCCUCUUGUUGUCUUUGGUAUUCUCUUGCUAUGUGUUCUCUACUACGUUGUGUGGAGAUUUGUCUUACCAAAGGCUGGAAAUUAUGUUCAUAGAGAAAUUAUUUACAAGUUGGACAAUGGUGAAUUGGGAAACACUAUUGUCAAAGUUCCUAUCAAAGACGUCGAGCAAUGGGAUGCUGAACACUCUGCUAAAGCCCAAUAA